UCAUGUCACAUAGGUUAUAGUGUAGGAUAGGACAGUUUACAUGCUGGAAACGAGGCUUACUGCUAUUGCUCUUUCCUACGGUAGAAGGCUCUUUCCUCGCUCGCCUAAAUAUUCAGUGCUGCAAAGAAAAGGUUCGCCCAUGGCCACAGUGUAUGAUCGCGACUGCACACUCCAUUUCACUAUCUCCGGAUUUAGUGCUCUCAGGCACAUGUUUAUAUGACCAUUUGUGACUACGACUGAUAACAAAACUGCGUGUUUCAGUCAAUUAUGAAAUUAGAAGACGGAAUCUAAAUCCAACAGGCGCUGGCUGGCAACGAGCUUUGUAGACACGGGAGCUGUCCAGUCGCAGUGGUGCUGAAAUCAACGGCUGCAGAACAUUGGCCCAAUGGGCUUUUCGCCGCUAUCCAGUGCUGAAAUUAUUCUGGUUCUAGAUACAUACACCUUUCCGUUUACAUGUCAGUUAAUUCAAGGUUUUAAUAAGUGCAAUUAAUUACACGAGCCUUACGUUAACUAAUUGUUGUAACAGCCUAGCAAGCUACUAGCCAUUCAAUGUUAGGUUAAUCCGGAAGAGGUAACUGCAGUCUCAAAUUGUAAAAACAGGUCACAUAAUAUUGUUUUUCUUCUGUAGAUUAACCCCCGGACCUGACUUUGGCUUGGUCUUAUCAUAUACAUUCGAGACACCAUGAGGAAGUGCAGUCCCUGGACGUUUCUCCCUAUCAUGUACUCUCUCUUCACAGCCGCUGGACUCUGGGUUGUGUAUUUUAUAGCUGUUGAAGAUGAGAAGAUAACACCCCUGAGUUCAGAAUACAAGCGAUCUGGAACUAAAUCCCCUCCAUAUAUAAGCAUUGCAGGCAAUGCUCCCCCAGCCAGCUGUGUUUUUAGCCAGGUCAUGAACCUGGCUGCCUUCGUAGGGUUCAUCAUUGGUGUCCUCAGAUACCUGCAGCUGAAGCCCCGGGUCCAUAAACCCUGGCUCAAUAUUGGCAGUCUGGUGGCCCUGUCCCUGGCCUGCUUCGGCAUGACCUUGGUGGGAAACUUCCAGCUGUCAAAUGACGAGGAGCUCCACAACAUUGGGACGUCCAUGACGUUUGGCCUGGGGACGUUGUUCUGCUGGGUGCAAUCUGUCAUCACCCUGAAGGUCAACCUGAGGAACGAGGGCCGAAGGGCGGGCAUCCCUCGCUUCCUACUGUCAGGGGCUGUCACCGCCUGCAUGCUUCUCUACUUUGCCCUGAUGGCGCAACGUCUUCACAUGCACGCGGCGCGGGCGCAAUGGGCGCUGGUCAUGUUCUUCCUGGGCUUCCUCGCCACUUUUGCCAUCGAGUUCAGACACUACCACUUCGAGAUUGUCUGCACCGACGACCGCGAUCCGCCGCUCAGCCUCUCAGAAACCUUCUCCGAGGUGUCAGAGUACCAGUCGGACCAGCUAUAGGACGGCUCCAGAGAACAGAACCAGCUAUAGGGCAGCUCCAGAGGACAGAAGCAGCUAUAGGGCGGCUCCGGAGGACAGAACCAGCUAUAGAGCUUUGGCGUACUACAAAACAGUUAGCUUGCCUGUGGUUGUCAGUUGGGGGUCAUUUACAAAUUAACAUAUUUGUAAGGGUUCCAGUUUGUCUGUUAGUUACUGAAGAAGAGUUAGUCAAAAACUACUGCAUGUCUGCCUGUUUGAACACAGCCUGUGAACGACUGUCUUUCUACUACUACUGUACCUUGAGGUGAUCUUUCAAAAGCAACAAACUCUUUCCAUGAGCACAAAGAAGGCAUCAUUAUCUUUGUCAACUCAUCAACAGUAACAGGGAUGUUCGCUAAAAGUUGCUAAAUGGUUUAAUUGAAGAUGGAUGUGCAUGAAGAUGGCUGUUUUAUGUAGCUGUGAGUUGUAGAAGGAUAGAUAACUCAUCUCAGAUUGAUAGUGACACUACCCCACUGACCUUCCUUUCAUACAAAUGCAGCCAAAUCCUCAAUAGAAUGUGUGAUGGGAGUCAUCACCACUCCCAUUUUGAGUCUUCUCAUUCUAUCGACAGAGGUAUUCUGCUGCGUUCUCUCUAUUUCCUGUCCGUCUGUCUACCUCCCUCUAUUUUCAACCUGAAUUAAGACAGACAACAGUUUGUGAUGAAGCCGAUCUCAGCUUCUCUGUGAAGAUGAGUAGUACAGUAGUAUUAUCAUCCAGGUACAAUGAUGCCAUUUUGAACCAUAUCACUGUUGCACCCAUUAAACACAAGUCAUGGGAACCUUUUUCAGUGUUCUCUCUAUUUCACAUUUCUUAGUACAACACUAGGCUUUAUCAUUACCAUUCAAGCAUAACAGACAAAUGCAUCUUAGUGUUGUACUGCUGUUUGUUAGAACAUUACAAUGAUAUUUUACAAUAAAACUUGUCUUUGCAUUCUGA